AGCAAUACAUAUCGCAAUUCAUUUAAGUAAUGGGCAUCUGUUACGUAAUUGCCUUACUUUUAUUGGUUAUUACGUUUUUCAUGAUCUAUCACAAGAAAAGAGUGAGUUCCACUAUAGUUUCUAUAACAAAGUGGCCAGUCGUCGAGAUGUUACCGGAUUUCUUACAGAAAUCCGGGCACAUUCACGACUUCAUGACGGAUUCGCUUCGAGAACACGGAGGCACGUUUGAGGUCAAAAGCCCUUGGUUUGUAGGGUCAGACAUGCUGGUAACAUCUGACCCUGCAAACGUCAACCACAUCCUCUCAAGAAACUUCGCCAACUCUCCUAAGGGUCCCAAGUUUCGGGCAAUAUUCGAGCUUUUAGGAUACGGGGUUUUCAACGUGGACUCGGAGCUAUGGCACCUUCACCGUAGAGCCGCGCUCUCUCUCGUGAACCACCCUCGGUUCAGCACAUUGCUGGAGACGUGCGUCUCGGAAAAGGUGGAGAACGGGCUGCUGCCCGUUCUCGACCUCCACGCUCGGCGCGGGGACCACUUUGACCUGCAACAGGAAGCGUUCAGGGAUGCCGUCGAUGCCGUUUUCUACCGCCAUGUGCUCCCGGAGAGGGUUUGGAAGCUUCAGAAAUGGUUAGGGAUGGGGAAGGAGAAGAAGCAUGCUCAAGCUUGGAAAGCCCUUGAUCAGUUAUUGAACUCCACAAUAAUCAAGAGGCUCCAAGAAGAUGAGAGAUACGCCGCGAGAUCGCCCACGCCGGGCUCUUCUGCGGUGGCGGCCAAGAUAAGACACAUGAUUUACUGGUCAAAUGCCGGCGGGUGUCUUGACGACAAGUUAGUCUUCCUUCACGCCGCCCUGUGCGAGACCCUCCGGCUGUACCCGCCGGUGCCCCUGAACCACAAAGUCCCGGCGGAGAUGGACCGGCUCCCGAGCGGGCACCGGGUCAGGCCGGGCACCAGCGUCAUACUGUCGUUCUACGCGAUGGGGCGGCGGGAGGAGGUGUGGGGAGACGACGUACUGCAUGGAGUUCUGAUACGGUAUCGUAUCGGGAUAGGGAAGGAUUUCGAGCACCUUCGAGCUCCAAGAACAAAAGAGUUCAAGCCGGAGAGGUGGGUGCUGGCGGGGGAAGGCGGCGGCGGCCGGGCGGUGAAGCACGUGCCGUCGUACAAGUUUCCGGCGUUCAACGCCGGACCCAGAACGUGCGUCGGAAAAGACAUGUCUUGGGUUGUGAUGAAGAUGGUGGCGGCCACCGUGAUCCACCGCUACUGCUUUGAACUUGCGGAGGAUCAUCCCGUUAUACCCAAGGACUCCAUUCUUCUUAAAGCCAAACAUGGCUUGAAGGUUAAACUUUCAUUUAUUCCUCACAACAAUUAAAGAGUAGAUCCCCAACAAGGAAUAUUAUGGUUGUCUAUUUAUUCAUUUUGAUUUGUUGAGUUUGAAUAAAUUUUUUAAACUCUAAUAAGUCUCCAUUUGUAUUUGCAUAUUAAUACAAUGAAACACAAUUUUAAAAGUUUUCAAUAUGAUAAAUUCAAUAAAUUUAUUUUUAUGUU